AUGAGGCGCCAGCGCGAGCAGGACGCAAAGGAACGCGCUGAGCAGCUCAAGUCCAUGCGCGAGGAGAAGUCGGUGUUCACCUAUAACCUCCGGGACGACCUUCCCGUGUUCGGUGACGGUGACUCAGACCUUGACAAGCACCUCGAGGCUUUCAGCGACGUGCGCAUGGUCGUCAAGCCAAAGAUUGAUCGUGAGAAGCUGCGCUUGUUUGCCCGUACCCUUAAGGGUACGCGAAGGCGUUGCUACGACACCAUUAUCAAGGAGGCCAAACACAACGGCGACUACGAGUCUAAGCCCGCCUCUGUUUUCGACCGUGUUCUUGCGGCGCUUGAUGCGUCGUUCCACGAGAGUGACGAGGCUAAGGCGAUGAAAGCUCGCGCCAGGUAUGAUAGCCUUGAGAAGAGGGCUACACAGUUUCAGGAGUUCCAGGUCUCCUGGCUGGAAGCUCUCACGGAGCUCAACUCCGCUGGAGUGUACGCGUGCCAGAAGGACCUGCUCUACGACUACUUGCACAAGAUCGGGUCCUUUCUCCGCGAUGAAGUGUCGCGAGACCGGCGCUUUUGGCCGCUGCGGCCCUCUCCAGGGGUUAAGCAGGAGUUCCGUGGUGUGGAAAACUGGUCUGAGGCCGCGCUUGUCGCGCGUGAAAUUACCCUUCGCAAAGACGCGAACAAGGCCUUGGAGUCACACCAUGCCAUUGCCGAGGCUGAACCUACGCGUUCCCCAAAAAACCCAAAAAAUAAGAAAAAUGAAGGUGGGAACGGCGGGGCGGAUGCCACGCGUGCGCAGACGGUGGGACUACCCAGUGGUACUGGGGAUGGCUGUAAGCACUGCAACAAUCCCGGGCACAUCACUUCGCUUUGCCCGCGGAAAGCAGCCGAGAAACGCGGCGAAUCCGAGGCCCUCCUCGCGGAAUUCGGCCGUACAGGUGCUGUCUGCAAUCUCUGCGCUGCUGUGGGGAUCAAGGACGGCUCUCAUCGGCCAAGACACCACACUCUUGCUGCGCAAGACCAGUAUGGUACCGGUGGCUCUGCACCGGGAGGCGGCAAAGGUGGUGGGGGUAAGGACAAGGACAAGGGAGGAGCGGCUUCCGGUGAGAAACAACCGUGCCGCCUCUUCGCUCAAGGGCAUUGUACCUACGGUGACAAGUGCAAGUUUGCCCACGUCAAGGACGCUGCCAACACGCAGCAAGACGCCUCCCAGACCCUCACGGCCAAGGAGAAGAAGGCUGCGAAAAGGAAGGAGAAAGACAAGGCGAAGAAAGGAGCUUCGGGCUCUGACGAAAGAGUGUAUCCGCUGUUUGAGGUAUCCUCGGGGAGCACUCCGGGUGAGGCCGGAGCGGUGGUCUACGACUCAUCGCUGCAGGUGGCUGAGCCGGCCACAAAGCAGUGGCGUCACUGGCCCGGGUCUCUUGCAAAGGUUCCGAAGGACCUUAAGACGGUGGCCGCUGCCCCGUCGCCAGGCUACAACGCGCAAACGCGCACCAGUUGCGCGGGUGUGGAGCUCGUGACUCUGCUUGACUCGGGAGCGACUUGCGGGUCCUUGCCUGAGUGGCUUUUCGCAGAGAUAUACGAGCGCACCGCCGCGGACGUGGCGAAGGGGAAGUUCACAUGGAGUGACCGAUUCAAGAAAGGGACAGCCAUAGAAACGAAAUUCUAUGUGAUCCUCCGCCUCCUAUUCACCCCUGUAGGGAAAGGUUUGCAACACCGCGUUACUGACGCUGGGCAUCGGUUCGACAAGCUGGGCCUGACUCUGCCCCGCUUGGAGCUCGAGCGAGAGACGUUCCUUGCUGACGGGACGGAGCUGCGGGUCGAGACGAGCCUGUGUGCAGCGUUGGAAACCGAGGUGAGCCUCGAGAGCAACCAGUCUGCGGUUGUACCGGUCGCUUGGAUCGGGGAGCCGAACGGAUUGGCCCGAGUGGUCCCUGUGGCUGAGGGCCCAGAGGUGGCCUUUGGUCAUUUUGACCCUGACUUGUCCCGUGAUGGGACGACGGGUGUUCCAGCGGAACAAGAGCGAGAAUUGCUCAAGCGUCUGGAACGUCGGACGCAAGAUCUGCAGACCGCGCAUGCUCGAUUGCGCGACCCCGACUGUGACGACUUAAUUUUUGGAAAGGUCACCGCGGCUCAGGUCGCGAAGGGCCAGGAGCUUGUGUCCGAGCAAGUGCAAACAGCGGCCGAGGGAAGCGCGUCGCUUCAUCCCCCGGUGCCCGUGCUGUAUGCACCGGCCUACCAGUCGACGCCCGAUGUGUCGGCUCAGGUAGGGCUUAUCGAGGACGGUUUGCGGUCUGCCGGAGUUAACUCCGUGGUUAUCGCGAGCGCCUCCUCGUUCGCCGAUGACGAUAAUUUUGGCUACUGG